AUGAGCGGCGAGAUUGAUGCCCUCUACAUCUACGAUGAACACAACAAUCCUUUGGUAGAGCAAGUCUAUCGCUCUCGGCCGCCCUCCGCAGCAGCUAUCCUACCCCUCUAUCUGGCGCAUCCGGCCCCGCGCCCCUCGCUCUUGUACCUCCCCGGCGCAUUGCCACCUGUGACGGUCUUUUCGGUCGUCCAGUCAAAUCUGCUGUUUCUCGCGCUAUCGGAAGUCGACACCGAUCCGCUUCUGGUCUUGGAGUUUCUCCACCGCGUCGUCGAUGUGCUGGAGGAGUUUAUCGGGGCGCCUUUGCUCUCCACCAAGCUGCAGGCAAACUAUGAUGUAGUUGCGCAGCUUUUGAAUGAGAUGUGCGAUGGUGGUAUCGUCUGUAAUACGGAACAGAAUGCCUUGCAGGAGGUGGUGGAGAUGCCGGGGUGGAUGGGGAAAUUGCUUGGAGGUGUUGGGCGAACUGGCUCGUCAACUCCCAUCCUCGGCCCUUCCAAUCCUCUAAAGCAAUCCCUAUCGGCAGCCCAGGGUCCCGCAAUACCCUGGAGACGGCCAAAUGUACGCCACACCUCCAACGAACUCUAUGUCGACAUAAUCGAGUCCCUUUCCGUUACAAUGGCGCCAUCAGGCCGGAUAUUGUCAGCUUUAGCAUCGGGCACUAUUGCGUUCACAGCCAAGAUGUCCGGCAUCCCCGAUCUGCUUCUCUCUCUGACGACACCCGGCGGACAGCAGGCCAUUGCACGUAAGAUUGAGCUGCCGGUCUUCCAUCCCUGUGUGCGGCUUGCAAAGUGGCGCGAGCGACCAGGAGAACUCAGCUUCAUUCCUCCCGAUGGACGAUUUAUCCUCGCAGGGUACGAGGUGGACUUGCUCCCGAUGGACCCUGCUCUCGACCAGCCCCCAACCCACAUGGAGAAACUCUUCCUCCCAGCAAUCGUCGACCUGCGCAAGUCCCUGGGCCCGACGGGCUCUGAAUUCGAAGUGCGCCUUAUCCUCAACACCAACUUCCCUGGACAUUCGGCCUUUCCUCGGCCAGGCGCAGGCCGCGGCGGGUCUGGCACGUCAACGCCGUCGUUCCUCGCAGGCGGCAGCGGCGGGAACACCUCCGCUCCCAUCCUCGAAGAGGUCGUCGUAUCUGUUCCGAUUCCGAAAUCCGUCCGCAGCAUCACCGACAUGCAAGCGAGCCGCGGAGAGGCGCUGGUCUCGCCCGGCAGUGACGUGCUGGAAUGGCGCGUGCCGACGAAAGACGCCGGAACGGUCUCUGGCACCGCGACCCUCCGCUGCACGGUGACGGGGUACCCGACUGACGAGGAUCUCGACGAGGAGGUGGAAGACCUCGACGCAGAGCCGGACAUCAACCUCCUCCAGGGGUAUUACGAUGCCUCGACCUCGUACCAGAACACCGGCGAGCCCGAUACCACCACGCGCAAAACCAAGAAAAAGAAGAAGAAGAAGGUCAAGAAGUCCUCCAAAAGCAAGGACUCCGACCAACAGCCCCCACAAGAACAACGCCCGCGCUCCUCCCCCGACCAGUCGGAAUCGCACACCCCGACAGCCCAACCUCCUCCCCCUUCUUCUACACCACCGGUCGAUCCCACGCCCUCGCAACCCCCCGCUGACCCCUCCCCAUCAUCGCCGUUCUCGAUCUUCCACGCCGCGCCCCGCAAAACCAAAACGCAGCUGAACGCCAGCCUCAUGCCCAACUCGGCCGCGGUUUCCUUCUCUGUGAAAGGGUGGCUCCCAUCCGGCAUCAAAGUAGACAGUCUGAAUGUCGACACGCGACGAAGUCGGGGACUUGGAGAAGGCGUGAAGCCCUACAAGGGGGUGAAGUAUCUGUGCAUUAGUCGGAAGGGCGUGGAGCGACGGUGUUGA